CGCGGAAAUGACGUACGUGUGUCUAUAGCAAAACAUGCACAUGUGAGAGCUGCGUGGUGAGAAACCCAGAUUUACUAAAUUUAAUUUACUCUUGACGCAACGAAAGAUUUAAGGGGUGAAGUAUGAAUGAACCGAGGCACUAUCCUCCGCCGGACUUCAGUUGUCCCCCUCCAGACUUCAUCCAGCCCUUCCAGCAGCAGCAGCAGCCCGGCUCCAGCAGCUUCCACCCCAGCAUGUGGAGCUGGGGAGAGACGCCCGAGCCCACCUGGGAGUCCAGGGGCCAGGCUGGGUGGCAUACAGGAGCAGGCUUUGGUCCUCCAUCUGGCCGUGGAGACUAUGGAUCAAAACGUUCACAUGGUCAAAACUUUAACCGUGGAGUGCAUCAUGGAGGAAAUCGAGGUGGAGGACAGAAUUAUGGUGCCCCCAACAAUUAUGGGAAAAAGCAGAAAAAUAAGAAAGAGCCACAGUUUUCACAUUUUUGUGACACUUGUGACCGGAGCUUCAAAAACCAGGAGAAGUACGAUGAACAUGUUUCUCAACACGUGAAGUGUUCUGUUCCUGACUGCAGCUUCAUGGCUCAUGAAAAAAUAGUCAGCAUCCACUGGAAAAACAACCAUGCACCAGGCGCUAAAAGAAUCAAGUUGGACACAGAAGACGAGAUUGCAAAAUGGAGAGAGGAGAGGCGCAAACAUUAUCCAACACUUCAGAAUAUUGACAAGAAGAAGAAAGUGAUGGAUGAGCGUGAGCAGACAGGAGCUGUUCUAGACACAGCUCAGUUUGGCCGAAUGAGGGGCAGAGGCAGAGGGCGGGGGCGAGGUCGAGGUCAAGGACGGGGCUGGGGUAACAGAGGGUCCCAUGAGCAACACCCUCAGGGCCCUCACCCAUCAGACAGCAGCGCCACAGAGAGACCCCCCCCUCUCACCCAGCCCCGCAGACAUGAGGAUCCUCUGGGAGCACUCGCCAGCAGUGAUCAUGAUUCUGACCGAGAGGAACCCGCCCCUCAAUCCAAAGCUGGUGCCCUCAUUGUGCCUCCCAAGCAGAUGAGCUCCGCUCUGGGCUCCUUGGUGGCCAACUACGGCUCCAUGAGUGAAAGUGAUGAGGGACCAGAAGAAACCCCUAUUAAAAGAGCUAAAGACCUUGUGAAAGAAAACCAGGCUCUCCUAAACACAAUACCGCCUAAGGAUAGAGGACCCUCGAGAGGCCCGGGCUCCUCUUUACAGGGUCACAAAGAUGCACAUCCUAACAACGCCCAUCACACACAUAACAACAGAAGAGGAAGAGGGGGCAGAGGACGAGGAGGCAGGGGGGGUAGAGGAGGGUACCAAGAUAUACCGCAGGCACGUCGUCCCACUUUACUUGAGAUGCUUCUGGCUGCAGAUAUCCGCCACGAAAGGAAUGUCCUCCUGCAGUGUGUGCGUUAUGUUGUCCGAAACAACUUCUUCGGCCUGGAAAGCAGACCUCAGAAUAAGGAAAGGAUAAAGGAAAAAGUCCCACAUGUUAUCCCAAUUGAAGAGCAGGAAGUGAGGAAGGAAAAGCCAACAGAAAAGGACAGGGCUGUGUCUCCUUCUCCUGUUGGUGAAGAGUCAACUGUCAAAGACUGCAUCAGCCUCCAUCUGAUGGACACAGAUAGAAUCACACCUACCUCUAAUAUUUAUGAAGAUGAAAUAUGGGAGAGCCCUGGAGCUAUGUCCUAAUAAAUUACUUAAAUUAAUAAAUAUUAUUUUGUUCUCAAUCAGAAAGGUAAGACACUAGUCUUACACAAGUUGGUGUUAAUAAUUUUUCUGUGGUAUUAGAUUGACUAACAAUAUUCAGUUAUAUUUUUGUAACAUUACAAGGAACACAUUUGUUCUUAUUAAUAAAUAAAAUCAACUAUAUCAACCAGUU